AUGUAUAUCACAAACUCAGUGUAUCGUGACACGACAUUACCGCGAACGACGUUACCGCGAACGACGUUACCGCGAACGACAUUACCGCGAACGACAUUACCGCGAAUUUUUCGUAGUAGACAUUUGGGCAUUUUUGGUAGUACGUGGUGGGCGGUGGAGGUGUGGGCAGUGUGGGACUACAAAUGGACAAAACGUAAAGCCAAAUUACCAAAUUGCCUUAUUAAAGAAUCUCAUUUAUAA